GGGGCACGUUCGUUAUAUAUAAAACCCGAUGAAGUCUUCUUCCUACGAGAUUCGUCUUACGGCAACUCUGACCAGCUACUCGCUCCGGGCCUUCCAGUUGCAUUUACUAAGUGCGCGGUCAGUGCAGACGCUUGCGUACACAUCUGUUCUCAAUUUCCGAUUGACUGGUCACAACCAUGACAAAUUUCCUUGGUCUGCUGAUCCUCUUUGCUGUGGUGAUGAGUGCAAAAGCUUAUCAUCGUGGUGAAGCAGAUCAGCCAGAAUGGACCCAGCAUCAGACAUCUCCUCGUGUCAACCUUACCGGAGUGUUCAAAGUGCUAGAUCGUAAGCUGCAAGAGGUGUUCUCCACCCCUCAGAACAACCAGUUUCUUUGCUUGUGGUGCAGCAGUGUUGUGAUCUUCGUCAGGAAUGUUUCGACCGACAAGGACUUUUUGGACAUGUUAGUCAAGAACAACAAGAAGGCUUGCCACUUCUGGAGUCCUGCAGGCUUCGAAAAGUACUGUGAAGACUAUGUGAACGAAAUACCAAACUUCAUUCUAACAUUUGCCGACGAAUACCUGGAUCCGGCGAAGGACUGCGCAACGGUUUGCCGUGGUCAGGAGCCCGAUCAGCAGCACCCAACGGCUAUAAACAACUUGAUGAAAAGCGAUUACGAGAAGUUCCGGAAGUAGGAACUACUGCCAUCCCACCCGGAGAAAUCGACAACUGCGACGUAACAAAUGUUCUUGUGGUUGUUAAUCAAUUUUGUGACGCUGAAAUGUGUGAGAAAGAAAAUUCUCAUAUUUUAUCACAGACUAUAAUUAUUACAGCUAUAGCUUCGCUGCUUUGCAUUAAUAAAGUGCUAUUGUAAGACACUUUGUAGUAAAUACCUGUAACAGAUCUUAGGGAGGCAUUCGACACCAGGGAGACAUUUGAGGGUCUGACAAGGCUCUAGGUACCAGAGGGAAACCCAUUUUUUUCGUAUUUGUCCGAUUGUUUGACAGUUUAAAGGUGCUACGAAAUUAUUCACAAAGUUUGUUUGGUUAGAUUUUGUCUUUUUUAAAGUUUAAGGGGGCAAAUAUUUGUACACAGAUCUAUGGGAAUGUCUCCCUAAAGUGUCCGUUGAAGGUAUGUUAAUAUCGCCGCAAAAUUUUGUUAGUAUUAUUAGUAGCAACUUUGGCAAGCAAAUCUUUCUUUCAAGGAUCUGUAUCCAUGCUUCUUACAUGUAAACCUAUCAGUAAUGGCAGAAAACGAGUCCUUAUUAUUGAUAAAACCAAAGUGAUUGUAAUACCACAUCCUACAGUUUGUUCUCUUGAAGGCGCAAAGCCACAAUAAAGGCGCCUUUCCCUAUGUACGUUUUUGGGAGCGUUGCGUAGGCCUACACGAUGCACCUAUGCGUUUCACUUGCACGCACACAAAGAUCAACUCCAUCAACCAAACACUAGUACGCGUUGCGUUCGGCCGUUAAAAUCGCCCUGGGAGCGAUUUGGACGGAUUCACAACCCUUGGCGCAAGUGUUGACGAGCAUAAUUUUUGUGGAAAGAUUUUCCUGUCUUCUGUGUUAUGUUACUCGUUUCGUGCAGGCGCUUCUCUUCAUCGCUCUCAAAAACGACACUCAAGCUGAAAUGGAGGAUAACGGAAAGACGGCCCAAGUGGUCACGUGAAUGAGACCCCGUAACAAGCUAUACAACCGCACUUGUGUCAACACAGCAAAAAAACCUCGUUUAGGUCAGAGGAGAGAAAAACGCAUCGCUCAAGCUGACAUGGUUAAAGACUUUUGUAGUGCGACUUUUACUCAAUGUUCACGGAGUAUAUCAGCAUAGUUCAGAUGUGCAGACAGUAGUAUGGACGCUGUAUGCAAAUCUCCAGUGAAUUUUUGAAGUAUACAAUAUCGAGUCCGGAAUGGUUGAGAGAACAUAAUAGAACCAGUGUACACUAUGGGGUACAUGGCAUUGUCUGAAAAGUAAAUUAUGUAACAGUGGCAAAUAGAUUGCUAAGCAUUAAUAAAGUACUGCAGAAGAAAACAAGA